GAUCCACACUUAUGGAUCAGAACCGAGAUGGCUUCAUCAACAAGGAGGAUCUGAAAGACACUUUGGCCUCACUAGGUAGGCAAAAUCAAUGUCAAGGACAAGAGCUGGAGGUCUUGCUCAAGGAGGCCUGGAGGCCCAUCAACUUCACUCUGUUCCUGAACUUAUUUGGAGAUAGUCUGAAUGGCAGCAACACAGAGGAAACCAUCUUAAACACCUUCAGGAUGCUUGACCUAGAUGGCAAAGGCAGUGUGAGUCAAGAUAGCCUCAAACACCUGCUGAUGUCCCAGGCCAACAAAAUGACAGCGAAUGAGGUGGAUCAGAUGCUAGAGUUUGCCAAGGAUAGUGCGGGUAACCUGGACUACAAGGUGCUGAGCUAUGUGCUCACCCAUAGGGAUGAGAAGGAAGAGUGA